AUGGAGAACAAGACAGAAAUGACCCACUUCAUCCUGCUGGGACUGACCAAUGACCCAGGUCUGCAGCUUCCCCUCUUUGUGACCUUCCUCCUCAUCUACACCAUCACUCUGGUUGGGAACCUGGGGAUGAUCCUGUUGAUUCUCCUGGACUCCCGUCUCCACACUCCCAUGUACUUUUUCCUGGGUAACCUGUCUCUGGUGGACAUCUGCUACUCUUCAGCUGUCACUCCCAAGGUCAUGGCUGGGCUCUUUCCUGGAGAUGAGGUCAUCUCCUACCUUGCAUGUGCUGCUCAGAUGUUCUUUGUUGGAGCCUUUGCUACUGUGGAAAAUUACCUCUUGGCCUCAAUGGCCUAUGACCGCUAUGCAGCAGUGUGCAAACCCCUGCACUACACCACCACCAUGACCACAAGUGUGUGUGCAUACCUGGUCAUAGGCUGCUAUUUCUGUGGUUUCCUGAAUACCUCCAUCUACACUGGGAACACGUUCAGUCUCUCCUUCUGUAUGUCUCACGUGGUCCAUCACUUUUUCUGUGAUGUUCCAGCAGUCAUGGUUCUCUCUUGCUCUGAUAGACAUGUUGGCGAACUGGUUCUUAUUUAUGUCGCCAGCUUUAAUAUCUUUUUUGCUCUCUUUGUUAUCUUUAUAUCCUACAUAUUCAUUUUUAUCACCAUCCUAAAGAUGCGCUCUGGUGCAGGACAUAGGAAGGCUCUGUCCACCUGUGCCUCCCACCUCACUGCAGUCUCCAUUUUCUAUGGGACUCUAAUCUUCAUGUACUUACAGCCCAGCUCCAGUCACUCCAUGGACACGGACAAGAUGGCCUCUGUGUUCUACACCAUGGUCAUCCCCAUGCUUAACCCUGUGGUCUACAGCCUCAGGAACACGGAGGUCAAGAGUGCAUUCUCAAAAAUUCUUCUGGAAGGAAAAUAA